AUGGAGCUGCGCCACUCUCCUCCCUACCACCGCAAGAAGAGUGUAAAAAGCAAUGAAAUGCUAACUUGGACGCUGGAAGAAGAUUCCUUGCUUCGAGAUGGCGUUUGCCAGUACGGAGGCAAGAACUGGAAAGCGAUUUCGAGCCGCAUUGAGCGCCGGUCCCCUGCCGAGUGUAGCAAGCGAUGGAGUACCCUACAAGGUCUUGACACGGUUGUAAAACGACCUUGGACCGAAGAGGAGGACUCGGAAAUGAUGCGUUUGGUGAAGAAAUAUGGAGCGAGCAAAUGGUCAGUGAUUGCUUCAUACCUGAAAGACCGCAAUGGCAAGCAAUGUCGUGAAAGAUGGCACAACCAGUUGAAUCCGUCGAUCAAGAAAACGCCCUGGACCGACGAGGAGAAUGAAAUUAUUUUACGACUGCAGGCUCAACUGGGGAAUUGCUGGGCGAAGAUCACUGCUGCGCUUCCAGGUAGGACGGACAAUAGUGUGAAAAAUCACUGGCACUCUUCGCUGAAAACCCUGGGGAAGCGUGCACGUGAGGGUAGCAGCGUUUCUUCACGCGGGGACUCCCCAAAGUCGAAUCGAUCCAAGUUGAGGAAGCAACCCCGCAAGACCAAGUCAGCCAAGAAGGGGAAGGAAAACGUGAUACUGUCAAGUGGUGAUGCUUCUGUUCGUGAGAAUGAGGACGCAGCGGCACGAAGAGGAACUCAAGGGUGUGCAUCGGAAACGACGAUUUCAGCCUACAUUUCUCCCCUCAGCGGCUCGGUUUCUUGUUCGAUCACUGUACCGGGUGCUGAUGGGUUUGAGAGCUCAGUAAUGAGCUGCGAGAGCUCGUCGGGUGGUUCCGGUGAUGGUCGCGGGGCUUUGUCGCCCGAUUCGGUGUCCCAUGUGGACAAAUUUGAUCUGACCAUGUCGUGUACUCAGUUGUACCAAGAAGGUGUGCUGAAAGCUCAAGCUGUGAUUGAUAACGUAUUGGAUCCGAUGGGAAUGGGCAGUUGCAGACUGAACAGCGACUUGUCGACGCCCCCAGGUUCUGAGCUGGACGAUAUCGAGACGAGGUCGGAUCAUUCGUUCCAGCACUUGAUGGCAGCGUGGUUUGCAAGCGACGACGAUUUGUAUCGUUCAGUAAGCAGUGACCUGGUGUCAGACCCGACACCAGCAGCUCAACCUCCUUUUGGCCUGGAUGAGCUGCCGUUUGAUUCGCUCUAUGAUGUAUGCGGUGACGGAUUUCUGGCGUCGACCGGUACCGCUACAAAUGCACCUCUAGGGCAAGUUGCUCAAAGGUCGAUGCUCCCGGAAUGGGGAACGUGCAUCACAACUUCGUCUCCGUCUGGGGAUACGGCAGACUCAACCUUCGUCUUUGACCAGAUGGAUGAUACGGUGCGAGCGACUGCUACGAUGAUCGAAAAUGCUCCGAUGGGUGACGUUGCUCAGCGGUCGAUGCUCACAAAGUGGGGAACAUGCAUCACCAAUCCGUCUCCGUCUGCGCCACCGGCAGGCUCGAGCUGCGAUUCUACUGGAACGUGUAUGACGCCGACCUUGUCGUCGAUUGAUGAAGUGGAAAGUGAGACGUUGUUCCAGAUGAAGGAUGAACCGCCAAGUGAUUGUACCAAGUUUGAAAUUUCGGCUAUGGCCUGCAGUUUGAAGCAGUCGAUUCCAAGCUCUGAUGCAUUUUCACUUCUCUUUGAUGUGGAAAUAUAA